UUCCUGCCACACCUCAAACCAAACAUUAGAGAAAGCAGGCUAAAGCCACAUAAUUUCACUAGGGUGAAAGUAUACCCUUAUUUGAAUAAACUAUUUUGUGCAACAAGCAGCAUUUUAAGCUUCUCCGGAGCAUUUUUGCAGUAAAUGACAUUUCAUCGAGUACUCAUACUCUGAACUAGAUACUUCUUAUAUGGUGACUAUGGAUUUUAAGGAAAGCACCAUCUGAUACUUUCUAAAUCUUGCUGCAUAUUCAUUGGCUGAAAACUACCAAAUAAUUUUGAGGAUAUCAGAUCAGAACUUGAAUAUGGGAAUCCUGAGUCAACUGUUAACUAUCACUCUCCUCUUGGGAGUCUCAGUGUUCUGUCAAUAUGACUAUGAGGAUGACUAUGAUAAUGAAAUGGAUAAUGAAUAUCCAUCCAUUUUUCAUCAUAUUCCUAGCAUAGAAUACGCCAUUCCUUAUCCCAGCACACCUGCUCAGUGUGCCAAAGAAUGCUUUUGUCCACCAACUUUCCCACUAACAAUGUACUGUGAUAAUCGUAAACUUCAAACUAUACCAAGAAUUCCCAGUCACAUCCAACAACUCUAUCUACAGAAUAACGACAUUGAAGCUGUGCCUGUGGAAUCCUUUGUUAAUGCUACUGCCCUGAAAGAAAUUAACCUCAGCCACAACAAAAUUAAGUCUCACAUGAUUGACACAGGUGUCUUUGGCAAACUUUCAAAUCUAGUACAACUCCAUUUAGAACACAAUCUGCUGGAAGAAAUUCCAUCCCCUCUACCUAGAAGCUUAGAACGAUUGCUCCUGGGUUUCAAUCAGAUUACCAGGUUGCCCAGCAAAGACCUAGAAGGUUUAGUAAACGUGACUAUGCUUGACCUCUGCAAUAACCACCUUGAAGAUUCUCAACUGAAACAAACACAUUUUUCAAAGAUGAAAAACCUAAUGCAGAUCAACCUCUGCAGCAACAGACUUCAAUCAAUGCCUCCAGAUCUACCAUUUUCACUUAUGCAUCUUUCCCUUGAAAAUAACUCAAUUUCUCUCAUUCCAGAUAAUUAUUUCCAGAAACUUCCAAAGCUUACUGCUCUAAGAAUGACACACAACAAUCUGCAUGAAGUUCCUUAUAAUGCUUUUAACCUUUCUAAUCUUGUGGAACUCAAUCUUGGGCACAAUAAACUGAAGCAAGUAUUCUACAUUCCAAGAACCCUGCAGCAUUUGUACAUAGAAGACAAUGACAUGGAAGUCAUCAAUGUUACCUUAAUGUGUCCUACUAUUGAUCCACUGAACCUCAAUCACUUAACCUACUUACGAGUGGAACACAACAAGCUCACCACUCCAAUAAGUACAUAUGCCUUCUUCUGCUUUCCACAUAUACGCAGUAUUUAUUAUGGUGAACAAAAAAUUGGUGCCAACCAGCAAACACAGCUGAGAACGCCAGUGUUCCAAAGAUAUUUAACACCAGAAGAGUAUGAAGAAGCAGAAGAUCACGAAGAACAAGAUCAUGAUCACAAUCAAAGGGAAAGGGAUGAUGAUUACUUUGACCCUUAUGUGUAUUAAGAGGUUAUAAGGUAUAGUAGUAUUAUUAAAAUUUAUUUUCUUAUAAAUAGAGAAGAUACUCAUUUAAAAAGCAAAAAUCAUUCUGAAAAUGCAAAAUAUUUGUGAGACUUGUGAAGCAGAUAAAUUUUAUUUAUCAAAUUUCAAUCUACAAUGAAAAAGUACUUCCCAUAUUUUCAAACCAUACAAUUUUAGAACAGAAAAAGAUUCUAAAUAUCUUACCUACCCAAUUAGAAAAUUUCAACUAUAUAUACAAACACAUAGUAUCAACUUUGCUUGUGUGAUAUAUUUCUAGCUACAGAUAUCAUUGAACUUACUGUCUGCAUUAUGGAAUAAUGACAUUCUCAAAUGAGAAUAUAAUUUUUCCUAGGUAUGCAAAUUAUAUAGUACAAGUUAAAAGCAUGGUCACAAUCCUAGGGAGGCCAAUGUAAAAUUCAUCACUGAUGUAAAAGGAUUCGGACUGUAAGAAAAUGUUAGGAUUCCAUUAAUAUGAGAACCAGCAACAAUCAAAUAAUUAAAAGUCCACAAUUACAACAGGUUUGGCCAGAAUUCAAAUUUUGCUGCUUUAUAAAUAUUUUAAAAUUCAAAUAUAUGCUCAGAAAAGCAUACUGCAACAAUAGUCAGUUGAAAAAGAAGGCUAUUAGAAACGUGCUUCUAGUGUAAGUUUUCUAUAGGGUGCUUAGUGCAUUUAAACUGGAUCUAAGAUUUAAUCUUCACCAGUGUUCACCAACAUUCAAAUGUUUAAUAUGGAAAUACAAAUACAAAACCAGAACUAGUUUACAUUCAAUUCAGUGACAAUACCGGUCAAUUAGAAGAGCAGAGUUGUCUUUUUAUGAAGCAUCUGGUAAUUCUUUUACUCUGCUGGGUGUUUCCUAUGGUUUAAUAUCAGGCAUCCCCAAACUGCGGCCCUCCAGAUGUUUUGGCCUACAACUCCCAUGAUCCCUAGCUAACAGAACCAGUGGUCAGAGAUGAUGGGAAUUGUAGUCCAAAACAUCUGGAGGGCCGAAGUUUGGGGAUGCCUGGUUUAAUAUUAUCUAACCAGUCUCAGAGGGCCCUUGGGCUUGCAAGCUACCCUUGCUCCCAUCUCCUCCUCUUUGCACAGCCAAGAGGAGGAGUUCUGUCAGUUUACUUUCAGUUUCAAUGAUCUCAAAUUUAGUUUAAUGUGCAAACUAAGAAUCCUGGUUUAAAUAAGCAGUUAAGCAGGGCAGCUUCAUAACCCAUGGUUUCACAUUUGCUUGUUUAGCAAUUAACAUUUUUUUGUUUUGAACCAGGAUCUGUUGCAAAUGGAAGAGGCUUUUCUGGGGUUUGCUGGUGGCUCAUCCAUGGUGCUAAACCAUAGACUUUCACCAUGGUUUAGCAUUACAGGUGAACCAACCAAGCAUUUGCUCUUUGUACAUACGGUAACUUUGUAACAGACAAGUAAUUAUGCAAACCUGAUGUUUGUCAGCAAUACACAUACUGUAGACUGAAUUAUAUAAGCAGCUAGAUUGUAACUAUGUAAUGUUUAGUUAGCUAUAUAUCUAAGCAUUUACAAAUAAAUGUACAAUAUACUUUAAAAUGUAACAGAUUUCUUCUAGCAGAUUAUCUAAAUAAAGUUAUCAGUAAAAACUGAUGCACUGAAAAUGUGACUUUUUAAAUUUAUUUUGCCCCCCUCCCCAUGGGGAAAAAGCUUUAUUAUGUUUUUAUAAAUAAAUUCUGUUCCUGACACUGCACCGAAGUACUUGAGAAGCAAUACCAUUUCUGAAGAAGAG